AUGUCAAAGCAAGCAUUCGGGGUGGAAACCCUCGGCACCAGAGCCACUAGGCGAUACCACUUGGCCACUGUUGUCAUAACUGCUGCGGCCGCGACGUUGGUGCUGGAUAUACUCCAUCUACGCCCAGGUCCUCCGACUACCCAACACAAGGCGUUUGGCCUCAUUCUUGUGCUCUCGGGCAUUUAUACUCAGCUGUGGCUCCAUGCAAACCACGUGUACUAUCGCAAAAUGGCUCAAAAUGGAUGUGCUCCGGCCCCGACGUAUCAGAAUAAUCCGCUGGGGAUUCCUUUCCUCCUAGAAACCGGCAGAGGGAUCAAGGAGCACUUUCUACUUGAGCUACGCGUUAAACAGUUUGCGGCUCUUGGCCAUACCUUUCAGCACGAAAUGUUCCCGUCGACGACGACUUCAUUCAACACGGAUGAUCCAGAGAAUAUCAAGGCCAUCCUCAGUACCAAGUUUGCCGACUGGGUCAUCCCCGAAUCGCGUAUGCGCGGCUUCAAGCCUGUCUUGGGGAGCCACUCCAUUUUCACCACAAACGGACUCGAGUGGCAGCAUUCGCGAGCCAUGCUCCGGCCGGCUUUUGUUCGAGAUCAAAUCUCGGAUCUAGCGUGCUUUGACAAGCACAUAGCCAAGCUCAUUGACAAGAUUCCGCGAGAUGGAAGCCGCUUUGAUAUCCAGGACCUGUUUGGGAUGCUGACCAUUGACAGCAUUUCUGAUUUCAUGUUUGGUCAGACGACGAAUGUCCUGGGAAAUGCGUCCGAAAAGGACAUUCGCUUUGGAGUUUGGUUUGAUGCUGCCUUGGCAAAGAUUGGUUUCCGGUCGCGUCUUGGCUGGUUGACUGAGCUCAUGCCCGACUCUGAACUGGACAAGUACGCGCGAUUCGUCCACAGCUAUGUGGAAGACUUCAUCGCAAAGAAGAAGCAGACACUGGCCGAACAAGGCAGCCAGGAACAGCGGGAAUACGUGUUUCUCGACGAGCUUUGGAAAUCGGGCGAGCCAGAGGAAGUGGUCCGCGGUCAAUUGCUCAGCAUCUUCCUAGCUGGACGCGACACGACGACGAGCGUUCUCACGUACCUUUUUUAUGAAUUAGCGAGGCGUCCGGAUGUUGUUUCCAAGAUACAGAGAGAGAUUCGAGAUCUCGGCGUUGAAGAUCCCACUUGGGAACAAUUGAGAAACAUGAAAUAUCUGAAUUGGGCAGUCAAGGAAGCCUUGAGAUUGAAUCCGCCCGUGCCGCUCAAUUCCAGAGAGGCUAUUCGGGACACCAUCUUGCCCGUCGGGGGCGGACCGGACGGCAAGUCGCCAAUCUUUGCGCCCAAGGGCACCAAUGUGCGAUAUAAUGUAUGGUCCAUGCAGCGCAGACGCGACAAGUUUGGCAAUGAUGCAGACGAAUUUAUUCCAGAGCGCUGGGAGACGAUCAAGGCUGGCUUUGAAUACCUGCCCUUUAAUGCUGGACCACGUAUUUGUAUUGGACAGAAUUUUGCAUUGACGCAAAUGGCCAUGGUAACAUUUCGACUUUUGCAGGCCUUUCAGACUAUUGAAGCCAAGGAUGAUCGGCCCCCAGUCCUAAGACUGGCCAUCAACACUUCACUUCUCAAUGGCUGUUGGGUCAGCGUCACACCGGCAUAA